CAGCACUAUAAUGACGUUAGGCUAACCCUCUGUGACUGGGUGCUCCAUGGUGGCUAGAACUAUGGUCACAGCGACAUUCGACUUCAAUUCCAUCUGAAGAUAGAAGUCGCCAGUCAAACGCGCUUGGUCAGUCGGCUACUACUGAGCGGUCAAAAGUAGACCGCUAGGUUCUAAUUGAAAAGUUGGAAAUUUCAGUUCGCGGUGUGUUAUCUUGCACCAGACUUCGCGUCGUCACUGAACCUUAAACGAUUAAGUGGCCUCCAGUAGCAUGUUGGUCGCUGGGAAGCAUGCUCUUUCUGGACAUUGUACAAACCUUAUUAGAUAGCUGCUGUAACGGAUUGAGUGCUGACGCUUACAAUGAGUGUGAAUUACUUCAUGAUUUUGGAUAUGAUCCGACCGCUGCGUCUGCGUUCACAAUGUCUUUGCUCAACGCCACGGGGGAACCAUCUUUCACUUCGGCCAAGCUCAAGCCACCAUUAAGUGUACGAAACAGUUCCGUUAAGUUUAAUCCACGACUUUUGGAUUCUUCACUGCCACAGUUUCCCCUGGAGUCUUCAGAUUGGAUUUUACGUUACGCGAAUGCAGAAACAAAUUUCCAUCCGUGGCCUCGAGGUGAAAAGAAGUUCGCGCAUUUCGACUUGGUUCCCUGGCGAAGAACGCGGAGUCAAUUAAAUUUGGCACAGGAGCCGGCAUGGGAUCCCCGGCUUCAGUCCCAUUCGGACCUCAAAAACCUUCGAAAAUUGCAAAAACUAGAGGUGCGGAAAAAUAAGCGACAAUUGAAACGGUACUUGCGUUAUGAACGUUGCGUGAAACGCCUAAUUCGAAUACGUUUAGUGUUUUCCAUUGAAUUGCGCCAUCGAAGAAUGGAAGUCCUGAAAACCACUUUCCAUCAGCCGCGAGUGUUUGAAAAGCGUUUGCUAACGGCAGAGAGUGUAGGUGAUAGUGUUGUUGUCACGGAUGAGAUGUUGAAUUAUGAGAAAGUGUUCACUCAACAAGUGGAAAAGCACGCGGGUUACUUUAGUCAAAGAGUGACACAAGUGGCAAGUCGAUCACACAAGAAGGAUUAUCGCAAAGCAGUCACAAUGCUCAGUAAAGCCGAGGAGCAGCUGGGAAGCGAUUCGGAAUAUUAUAGUGAGAUUGGCGUGGUGCCGUGCCUAAAGUGCCGGCCAAUUGCGAAUGAAAUGAGGAAUUUCGUGGCGAAUUCACGACACUUUAAUGGUUCAAAAAUGCAUUCGCAUGUGGACACUUUCGAAAACGUCCACAAUGGAAGCAUUUCGCCAAUAGAUCGGCCUAGUGGGGGCGCUUUGGCCUUACAUUAUGCAGCGGCACGUGGAUGCAUUGACUGUGUUAGGCUAUUAGUUGAAGCAUCAACAGAAAUUAGUGCAAAUACACAAAUGGACAACGAUGUUACGCCAGUGUAUUUAGCUGCACAAGAAGGACAUUUGGAAGUCUUGAAAUUUCUGGUGCUUGAGGCCGGCGGUUCACUUUACGUUCGAGCACGAGAUGGAAUGGCACCGAUACAUGCAGCAUCGCAAAUGGGCUGUUUAGAUUGUCUCAAAUGGAUGGUCGAGGAACAAAACGUCGAUCCCAAUUUACGAGAUGGCGAUGGAGCUACACCUCUUCACUUUGCCGCCUCGAGGGGGCAUCUGGCUGCAGUCCGUUGGCUACUUAAUCAUGGAGCGAAACUGUCUCUAGAUAAAUAUGGUAAAAGUCCAAUUAACGAUGCUGCGGAGAACCAACAAGUAGAGUGCCUCAACGUCUUAGUGCAACAUGGAACGUCGGCCGAAAUGUCUCGCGAGAAAGGAUCUAGUCGUCAGAAAUCCGGAUCAAAGUAUAACAGUUCUAUUGCAUCGUCAAACCAUAGUAAAAGUGCGCGUCACAGCACAAUGAUGUCGAAAUCAUCAAGUGCAAGUUCAGAUGUCGAACCCUUCUACCUACAUCCCCCCUCGGAACGACGAAGUCGCGACAGUUCAUACUGCCACUCUAGGACAUCUUCGGAGAAAAUUUAUAACAGUGUUGUUCCAAACGAUGGUCUCUAUGUGAAUCCAAUGCGGAAUGGUUCACUGACGCCGCCAUCGCCAAAUGGCAGCAUAUCAGGUGAAUCCUUUUUCCUACACGAUCCCCAGGAGGUCAUCUACAACAGGGUGAAAGAUCUUUUCGAUUCGGACUGCAGCAGCUCUAAGGAUGGACACAUUCACAACAAUUCCAGUCAUGGAAAUGCCCUCACUGUUCAGGUUGAGGUUCAUUCGAGCAGUAGUGGAGCAGGUAGCGGUUCGGAUGAAUCACUUUCGAUUCGGUCCAGUACAGGCUCCCCAAAAAAUAAUAACCGUCUUGCUGUGGGUAUUGUUGGGGCGAAGAAUCACAGUAACGCUAGCAACCAUGACCACGAUUACGAAGAUAUUUACUUGGUGCGCGAAGAAGCGAGAACUUCAAAACAGAAAUUUAUUAGCGGAAGAAGUCGCUCGCGGGAUAGCGGAUCGCACAGUAGGUCGGCGAGUGCUAGCUCCACAAAGAGCAAUGAUGUGAUCAUUGAGUAUAGCAUGAAUAACCGAGAUGUGCUCAACAAAAGGCAUAAAGCCUUUAGCAUUAGCAACCUAAGUUCGAAAUAUGAUGUACCACGUAGUAACAGUGAUGCAUCUGAUUCAAAGAAUUCUAACUUUAACAACAACAAUCACAGCGGCAAUAAGAAAAACCACAACAUCAAAAGUGACACUUAUGAAAGUGUCUGCCCGCCUGAUGAUUUACCGGAAAGGAUGAAGCAAGUUAGUAAGAACGGUGUGAGUAGCCCAAAUCCAAAUAGAGUUCUGAAACGAGUUGUCUCGGCACCUGCACCACAAACGCAGUCAAUAGUGAAUGGUCCACCACCUCCACCGCUUCCUCCACCACUGAAAGCUCCUACAAUUAGAUCAAAUUCAUCAACAGAAAGCAGCAGCACGUCAAAUACGAUGAAUUCCACAGAACACUUAGACUCUGAUUCAGGAUUAGAAGUAGUUGAAGAGCCCACUUUAAGACCAUCUGAGUUAGUGCGGGGAAAUCAUAAUCGAACUAUGUCUACAAUAUCAGCGAACAAGAAAGCCAAACUGCUUAAUGGAAGCUCAACGUCGACAUCUUCAUCGGGAAUCCAUCAGCAUUCGACUCUAGGCAGUGAAUACGAUUACCAACAAAACUACUCGCAUCUAGGAUACGAUCGUCCUCCAUCUCGUCCAGGUGGUCCGAAUCUUGUAAAUAAACAGUUAGUGCUACCUUUCGUGCCGCCCAGUUUCCCCAAUAAUUCACCCGAUGGACUGUCCCAUCUUAUCAAGCCGUCCGAAUAUCUAAAAAGUAUCAGUGAUAAGAGAUCGUGUGCUUCGUCGACCAGGUCCGCGGAAGGAGAAGAUUAUAUGCAGGUACCAUUUGCACCACCGGCGCCAAGUGGUCCGGAGCCACCGAAACCUCCACCACCACCACCGCCACCAGUACUACCAGUUGAGGGUGACAAAACCAAGGCGAAAACUCUACCCCCAGCAACACCUCAAGAUACGGCUACAAGGAAGCAGCAACAGCCCUUAUCAGCGAUUUCCAUACAAGAUUUAAACAGUGUUCAGUUACGACGAACCGAUUCCAAAAUGUUAGGCAAAACAUUCUCUGCCCCAACACGUAGCGUUAGCAUGCAGUGCCUUUCUUCUACGAACGAAUCUUUCCUCUCCCAAAAAAUUGAUCUAAUUGCCGAGUUGAAACUAUCCAAAGAUAUAUCUGGAAUAAAGAAAAUGAAAGUAGAAAAGGCCAAACUGGCCGAUCAAACGGAACAAGCUCAUUAUUCAGAGUUAACUAAACAGUUCACUGCGAGCAAUUUCUAUGAUCAAAUUCAAUUGCAGAUUCCUGAGAAGGACCAAGCUGGAAACACAAUCCCUGAUUGGAAGAGGCAAAUGCUAGCUAAAAAGGCUGCCGAACGUGCUAAAAAAGAAUUCGAAGAAAGGAUGGCUCGCGAGGCUGAAGACCGUCGACUAUCGGCAAUACCCCAGUGGAAACGAGAUUUAUUGGCGCGUAAAGAGGAAGCUGAAAAUAAAUUGAAGGCAUCACUCUACACUCCUAAGGUUGAAGACCACACCCGCCUAACCGAAACGUGGCGCCUCAAAAACAACCAACGCGCAGUCUCAAUUGAUAAUAUCAGCUUUAUUUCCUGCACAACUUCCAUCGAUGACAAGGAAAAUGACAACGGAAAAAUUGAAUCUAUGAACAGUCCAACCAACCCGGAUGCUCCAAUGGACAAUCAGGACAUUAGCCAAAAUGAAACUGCCAAUAAAAACGAAAAUGCAGAUGAAAACAUAAUUCCUUGGCGAGCUCAACUGCGGAAAACGAAUAGUAGGCUAAGUCUGAUCGGCUAGGAAAUCUAGACAUAUCUAAUCUAGCAUAAUUUUUCUAACGUGUAUGGUCGCUAUAAAUAUCAUACUUGAAACUUGUAUUCUAUAAAGUCGUCGAAUCUAGACAUAAACUUCUAAAAAUGUUGUUGCAAUAUUAGCAGUAAGUUUGAAUUGAUUGUUAGAAACUUAGUCCCUACUUUAAAAGUAUAUUUAAUUUUUGUAUUUUAUGUACAUUGUCCUUGAAAAUGUAAUUGAAAUUUCAUGGUUAGACAUAUCUCAUCACAAAUUUCCUUCAGUUUCAUCACCACAUUGAAAAAACCAAAUUGCGAUUCUCCUGAAUUUUUGUUUUUAAACGCUGUUGAGCGGAAUGUGUCAUUCGGUCGGGUCCCCGUUUAUUCCACUUACAGAUUAUUUACUUAUUGCCUGUAUUUUUUGUUAUCAAUAAACAUCAUAUUUUAUUCAAAA